AAAACAUAGCAUCUUCUCUCUAAAACCAACCCACAAAAUCCCCUCUCUCCAUCAUCACAUCAAACCCAUCUCCCCCUAAUUUACCAAACCAAACCAACCCAUAAACCCAAAACCGAACACCAAAUCAUCAUCAUCCCACAGCUGCCAUGGCGACAUACUACAACAACCACAACAACAACUACUACUGGGAGUGCCUCUCCAACUUCUCCAUGCCGCUCCACCUCUUCUUCUUCAUCGCCAUCCUCUUCUUCGUCCUGGGCUUCUCCUGGUACAUCAACUAUGAGUCUGCUUUCGAGGACCUCAUGAGCCAGCUCAAGCUUUUCCUCAUCCUCUCCCCGCUCCUCUUGCUGCUCCUCGUCCACUGCCUCUCCGCCGGCGCUAAUAAUGAUAACAACAACAACAACGGUGGUGGUGGCGGGGGUUUCUCUCUGUACAUCCCCUUGCCGGAGAGGGACUCCCUCCACCGCGCCGGCGGGUCACCGUGGGGAGUUGCACUGCUGCUCGUCUUCCUUCUCUACAUGAUCUCUUACCAGUCUUCCCUUCAAGAACGAUGGUUCCCUUUGCUUGCCAGAUGAGAUGAGGACGAUCAUCAUCAGGAGAGAAUUAAUAAUUAAUGAAGUCCGGUAACGAUUGCUGGUAGCGGCUGGUCAACCGCGAGCUAUAACGACCGAGAUCUAGCUUCUUCGUUCGUCUCUACCUUUUUGUUUUUGCUUUGUUUAUAUGGAGAGAGAGAUAUGUAUGUAUGACGUAUGAUUAGUUACUUAAUUAUAGAGGCCAAGCCUUUUUUCAUCAAAUUAAUUUGUUGUUAUGAAUUAUGAUCCCUGCACUGUUGUAAUUAAGACAGACAAAAUUUCCUACAUAUAAGUGAAUUGGCGGUUUUACCCAUCUACAUUCUACAACCUUGGGAAGUUAGGAUCACACUAUCAUGGGGAAAAAUCCCAAAAUAGAAGGGCUAAUUAAAUAAAUUCUCUUAAUAUAACAUUUUGCAAAAAAAAUCACAAAAUACAAGGGUUUGGAGCAGUUUCGUUACAGUGUGGAGCGAAUAAGGUAUAUUUGAGGAA